AUGUUUUCCAUUCUUGCGGCGGUUGCCGGAUCCGGAGUCGCGUUAGUGCUGACGACUGUUCCGGGUGUAGGUGUGAGGAUGAUAGGGUCAUUGGCGGAAGCCUAUGCCAACAAUGUCUCUCUACGAUCUCACCUCCCUCUCGAAUAUCUCAAGGGAAAGAGGUCUAUAUCAGAUCAUGUAUACCAGGCGGCUAAUUUCAUUAAACAUAUACAAAAGAAUAUAGAGGAGCUGCAAAAAAAGAGGGAUGAACUGAAAAUACAAUGCAAUAGUUCAAGAUCUAGUACCGGUGCAUUGGUUUAUUUAGAGUGUCCAGCAAAAAUGGGGGAUACUGUCGUGCUGGUCAGACCGGGUUGUGUAGGACUGGAGGUAGUCGUUAAUACUCCAUUGAAACAAGGGCUUCCUCUCUCAAGACUGAUUGACAUACUGGUUGCAGAAGGACUUGGUAUAGUGAGCUGCAAGUUGGCCGAAAGAAACCAACGGUUGCUUUAUACCCUUGAAUCUGAGGUGAGUAAUGGGGAAAUCAUCGAUAUUCCUGAGCUCCAAAACAGACUGAUUGCAAAAUGUACGUCUGAGCCUGGCUUCAUAUAAUUAUGGUGCUCGAUCGCAAGGAAUAUUGCUAUUAAUCUGUAUGUUCAUCAAUUCUUUGUCUAAG